CGAUCCUCCCUCGAUCCUUCUUGAGUUCACAAACUAACAACAUCCUUCUCUCUCUCUCUCUCCCCUUCGCCCACUUGAACUCAAACCUAAAGAAAGAAGCCAAACACCAACUUUUGCUCUUGUUUGUUCCCACAUACUUCCUGUUUGUGCAUGAACAUUACUGCAGUUUUUUGUUGAGCAGCACUCUUGCUGUUUUACGUAACGAUCGUAAAUGGCAUCCCCUUUGGAACUAAGCCUGGACUUCAAGCCCCACAGCUACUCUAUGCUUCUGAAGUCUUUUGGAGGCCAAAGUGAACAGACCCAGAAGCUCGAAGACUUCCUUUCUCGCCUCGAGGAAGAACGCCUCAAGAUUGAUGCUUUCAAGCGCGAGCUUCCCCUUUGCAUGCAACUUCUUUCCAAUGCUCUGGAGGCUCAUAGGCAGCAGCUACGGGCCUACAGAUCAGCAAACCAAGGUCCAAGGCCGGUUCUCGAAGAAUUCAUACCCCUCAAACAAUCAACAUCUGAGAGCUCAGAGAAAUCAUCAAACAAUUCUGACAAGGCAAACUGGAUGACAUCCGCUCAGUUAUGGAGCCAAGCAAGUGACGGAACCAAACCACAAUCCACAAUUCUAUUCCAUAACGAACCCGAGAUCGGCUUAGAUACUUGUCCAAAACUAGCUUUGGAUAACAAACAGAGAAAUGGAGGUGCAUUCCACCCUUUCUCCAAAGAAAGGAACUCGUUCCCGAGUCCAAAUUUGAGGGCUCUUCCUGAUUUGGCUCUUGCCUCUGCCGAGAGACAGUUGGAGGAUAAAAAGUGUUUGGAGACUGAGAAUGGGAUUUCUUCUCCCAGAAGAGAGGAUACCGGUAAGGGUGGCAGUGGUGGGGUCGGGGUUGAGCAAGCAAAACGACCUGGUAAUUCUUCAGAUGGGCAAACGACUGCAACAACUACAGCUCCUAACACAAAUCAGACUCACAGGAAGGCAAGGAGGUGUUGGUCACCAGAUUUACAUAGGAGAUUCGUGAAUGCUCUUCAGAUGCUUGGUGGUUCUCAAGUGGCAACUCCAAAACAGAUCAGGGAGCUGAUGAAGGUCGACGGUUUGACCAAUGAUGAAGUGAAAAGCCACCUGCAGAAAUACAGGCUUCACACCAGACGACCCAGCCCAAACCCCCAAACAGCCGGAGCCCAAGCACCGCAGCUCGUAGUCCUAGGUGGCAUAUGGAUGCCACCAGAGUAUGCCACGGCGGCAGCAGCAGCAGCUCAUACGGGAGCCUCAGCCCUAUAUGGUGCACAUCCUGCCUCCCAUGCACAACCACACUACUGUGGACCAGGAUUGCCACAAGAAUUCUAUGCUGCACCACCCCCUCCACCUCACGGCCACCAGUUACACCACCACAGUGUCCACCACCAACUCCACGUGUACAAUGCCACGUGCCAGACCCAUAGCUCACCUAAAUCCGAUGCCAGAGGACAAGAGCUGUACCGGUCGGAGAGCAUCGAGGAUGGAAAGUCGGAUAGUAGCAGCUGGAAGGGUACUGAGAGUGGUGAGAAUGGAGGGGCGGGAAAAGGGUUGGGUGCACUUAGAAGAGAUCAUGAUGGUGAGGAAAGUAAUGGAAGUGGGAUCACUCUCAAGUUCUGAUCAGGUUUCAUUAUGCACGUAGAAAGCUUUAGAGUUUAGCUAGGGCUUUAAUUAGGGUCUUCAUAUGUUUUCACCGAUCCCACUAAUUUGUUUAUUCGUACGUUAUAAAACAUAUCAAGGAGGGAGGGUAAAAAGGGCAUAAUGGAAAAGUGUGUGUUUGUUUUGUUUUCCUUGUACUCUUUAUGUCCUCCUAAUUGUAAAAGAUUAAAGAUUGAUUAUAUGGGAUUUGGCUUUUUCUG